GUUAUUUAGGGCACACAACACUCAAACUCAAACAAACAAAGUCGAGCUCUUCCGUUCUGUUCUACUCUUCUGCUUUGCGCUUUGACAAUUGGAAAAUUCCAGUUAGGGUUUUGAGCAGCAACAAAAACCAAACUGGUUCACUUCUCGUUACUCUUACUGAUAGAUAGUUAAACAAAUAAAGUGGCCAUUUUUUUGGGCAACUGUCAGUAUCUAAAUUUUGAGAAAUUCACUGCUUCAUUGUUUUUCACCUGUUGAGCAUCACCAUCCUCUUGAUUAUCAUUCAAAAUUCACUCUUGCCUGUCUCUGUACUUUGUUACUAUGUAUGAUCCCUUAAUCGAGAAUCAUUCAAAUUGCAAAUCCUUGGAGCCAUGCCUUAUGGCACAAAUUCUUUCGAAAUUCUUACUCUGCAACUCCUUUUGGCCUCUUAUUGUUUCCACCUUUCCAUAUUUGCAUUCUUUCUUCUGCCAAUGCUUCUGGCUUCUGUGCUUCCUUCACAGUUGCCUUGCAAGCUUUCUUUUUAGAUACAUAAGAUGCCAAGGACAAGGGCAAGUGCUGCAACCUCUCAUAAUUCAGAUGUAGCUGAAAAGCCUAGUGAGCCUGAAAAGCCUAUGGAAUCCGAAGAGCAGGUGGACCUUGAUGGAGACAAUGAUCCUGAGGAGACAAUGGAGGAAGAGGUCGAGUACGAAGAAGUAGAGGAAGAGGAGGAAGUGGAAGAGGUGGAGGAAGAAGAGGAAGAGAUAGAGGAAGGGCUAGAAGAGGAGGUGGAGGAAGACGAAGAAGACAAGGAGGCUGCUAAAGGAGCUGAUGAGGAGAUGAAAGUUGAUCAGGCAGAGGAAGAUGAGAGAAAAAAGCAUUCUGAGCUUCUUUCACUUCCACCUCAUGGCUCUGAAGUGUACCUUGGUAACAUUCCUCAUGAUUCUUCUGAAGAGGAUGUUAGGAGCUUUUGUGAAUCCAUAGGAGAAGUCACAGAGGUUAGAAUAAUGAAGGGUAAAGAUUCUGGUGGGACAAAGGCUUAUGCUUUUGUGACCUUCAGAACCAAGGAGUUGGCUUCUAGGGCCAUUGAUGAGUUGAAUAAUUCUGAAUUAAAGGGAAAAAAGGUAAAGUGUUCAGCAUCUCAAGCAAAGCAUCGGUUAUUCAUUGGUAAUGUUCCCAGAAAUUGGGGUGAGGCAGAUAUGAAGAAGGCUGUAACAGAGAUUGGGCCUGGAGUCAUUUCUGUGGAACUGUUGAAGGACCCGCAUAAUUCCAGCAGAAACCGUGGAUUUGCUUUCAUUGAGUAUCAUAAUCAUGCAUGUGCAGAAUACUCAAGGCAGAAGAUGUCGAACCCACAAUUUAAGCUUGACAAAAAUGCCCCAACUGUGAGCUGGGCUGACCCUAAAAAUGCAGAAUCCUCUGCUGCUUCUCAGGUUAAGGCAGUCUAUGUCAAGAAUUUACCAAAAGACAUUACUCAAGAACGUCUAAGGGAGUUGUUUGAGCAUCAUGGAAAGAUCACAAGAGUGGCUCUUCCUCCUGCAAAAUCAGGACAGGAAAAAAGCAGAUUUGGUUUUGUUCACUUCGCAGAAAGGUCAAGUGCCAUGAAGGCAUUGCAAAACACUGAGAAAUAUGAAAUUGAUGGUCAAGUUUUGGAGUGUUCUCUUGCAAAGCCACAAGCAGAUCAGAAGCCUUCUGGAGCACUAAAUUCACAGAAAUCAAACUUACUCCCAAGCUACCCACCUCAUCUUGGUUAUGGAAUGAUGGGUAGUCCCUAUGGUGCGGUGGGUCCUGGAUACGGUGCUGCAGGUCCUGGAUAUGGUGCUGCAGGCUUUGCACAACCACUCAUCUAUGGUAGGGGACCAACUCCUGCUGGCAUGUCAAUGAUGCCAAUGCUUUUGCCUGAUGGAAGGAUCGGAUAUGUCCUGCAACAGCCUGGUAUGCAAUCACAUACCCCACUCCCACAGUCCAGGAAUGGGAGUGGUAGCUCAAGUGGUGGAAGGCGCGGCAAUGACAGCAGCCGCGGGCGCCGGUUUCAACCAUAUUAAUUUUGAAUACUUUUAUGCUUGUAUAAGAACAUGAGUAUUUGGGGUGAGCCGUUUAAUUUACGGCCCAUGCAAUAUAUCAUGUCAAAGACAUUGUUAGAAGUAGUUUUAUGUAUAAUUUAUAUAUAAUUUUUUUUUUUUUUCUGAUUUUGGCUCAAGUUCACAUUGAAUGAAACUUAAAAAUUUAUGUCACGCAUUGUGAAGACUUGAAGCUGAAGUUUUUAUAAUUGAAUUCCCAUUUGAUCUUA